GAGCUUCCUUGGGAUCACUCAUUGACGACUACAUACGGUAUAGAAGAAGUGUGCGCAGACCCCACCUCUUAGUAUGGCCUCCGAGAAGGAUAUUACCUAUCCGCCAGCUGAAGCAGCAGACAACGGCUCUACUAGUGGCAACCCACAGUCUCAGCAGCACGUUGACGAGACUUUGGCUCAGCUAGAGGAUCCAUCGUCCACUCAGCUCUCCAUCCGGGCCAUUCUCCAAGGCAAUGCCACCCAUCCUCUCACCGCGUUUGAGAAGAAGGCGGCUCUGAUCAAUGUCGAAUUGGACAGCUUCGGGCUGGGCCGAUAUCAGAUCUGUAUCUGGUUCCUCUGCGGCUUUGGCUACUUUCUCGACCUGGCGUGGUCGCAGGGCGUCGGGCUCGCGGCCACGGCCAUCUACCAAGAGAUGAAUGUGCCGGAUGGACAAACGGGCAAGAUCUAUUCUCUGGCGAACGCGGGACUUGCUGUGGGCGCAUUCUCGUGGGGCAUCCUGGUCGACAUCAUUGGUCGGAAAUGGGCUUUUAACCUAACAUGUCUCAUUACGAGUGUGUUUGGUCUGAUUCUUGCAGCUCCCAAGUUCAACUACAACGCCAUCUGCGGCAUAUACUUCCUCGCAUCCAUCGGUCUCGGUGGCAACAUCCCCAUCGAUGCCACCAUUGCCCUCGAAUACCUGCCUCAAAACCGCAGAAACUUGGUCACGCUGCUAUCGCUCUGGCAGCCCAUCGGCGUCGUCUUCGCCUCUGCCGUGGCAUAUGGCACCGCAGCGAAACCCUCUUGGCGCUGCAACGACAGUCUUCCAUCCUGCGUGACCAUCCCGGACGGAGAAGCUCGGAAUUCCUCGACGUGUUGCACCGUGGACAGCAAUAUGGGAUGGAGAUAUCUCUUCAUCAUUCUGGGUGUCAUGACCCUUGUGAUUUUUUUCUUGCGAUACUUUAUCUUUCAUUUGUAUGAAUCCCCCAAGUUUCUACUGAGUCAUGGGCGCGAACAGGAAGCCAUUGAUGUGUUACACAAAAUCGCAUAUUUCAACAAAGCGCCUCCGCCGACGUUGACGCUCGAGAUGUUUCAGGCGAUUGAUGAGACUUCUUCUCCUUCUUCUUCUUCUUCUGUGGUGGGAGGCGUCGCCUCAGACUCUCAGCAACUCGCGACACGCGGAGAAAAGCUUAGUACAGCUCGCAAGACUCAAAAAGUACUUCGCAACUUCGCCCGAGGACUCGGCAACCUGAAAGCCCUAUUUUCCAAUCCCCUCCAAGCUUUUAUUUUCAUCCUACUCGCCAUCGCCUACAUGGGCGACUACUGGUCCUUUAAUUUAGCAGGAUCGUUCUUACCCAUCAUUUUGCUUCGCAAUGAAGUCUCGGACGGCUCAGGAAGCGUGGCAGAGACGUAUCGGCAUUACAUUUACAUCUAUCUACCGGGGAUUUUGGGGGCGAUUUUGGGGCUGGUUUCGGUGCAAUUGCCUCUGGUGGGGAGGAAAUGGUCGUUGGUCAUUUCUGCGAUUUUGCAAGGUGUGGCUAUGGCUAUGUAUACGCAAGUUUAUACUACGGCGGGUUAUGUUGGGCUUAAUGCUUUUGAGUAUGUUAUGCAGACUUACUUCAAUGCAGUGCUAUAUGCUUCUGCUCCCGAGCUCUUCGAUACCUCCUAUCGAGGCAGCGCAAGCGGGAUGCUCUCGUGUCUGGGUCGCAUUAGUGGCAUUGUUGCGCCCUUUGCGGGCCAACACUAUCUCUCCAGUAACAGUUCUGGCGUGUUGUGGUUGGGAGCGGGCGGCAUCUGGCUCUCUGCACUCACUAUGGUCUUUUUGCCAGUCGAGAUGAGAAAUCGCCAAAUGUUUUGAGAAAAGAGGUACUGGAGGGAGGAAGAGGGGUAGGGGCGCAGAUUGGGGGUUUCUUUUGGAGGGCUACCGACCUGCCAUGCGAACAUUAAGAUGGUUAUUAUCAAUGGGUUGGUCAAUCGUCGAUUACUACUACUGCUACUACCACCUACUACUACUACUACCUAUGUACCCAGACCCUUGGGUUCUCGGCGCGUCGCUCGUACUUUGGCGAGCAAGCUGUCGACUUUUGGACCCGCCUGUUGGAGCUCGCUAUAUUAUGCCUUGGGUACAUGUAGUUGGGCCGUGGCAGGCUUCGUCAUGAU